AUGUAUGUAGGUAACACUUAUCACUACAAGAGUCUAGCCCUCGCUUCGCAGUCGCAGCGCAAACUCCGGCAUUACAGCCCCAGCCCCUGGGGUGACUUCUUCCUCAACCAUGUUACAUGUACUCCAUCACAGCUAUUGUCAAUGAAGGAGACGGCACGCAUAAAGGAGGAGGAGGUGAGAAAGAUCAUAAUGGAAAUCAUUGCCUCCUCCAAUCUGGCUCAGAAACUGGAGCUAGUUGACACGCUGCAACGGAUAGGGGUGGACUACCACUACAAGGAGAUCGCUGACUUACUUUGUUCUAUCUACAAUGACAAGGAUAGGGGCUCUAAUGACCUCUAUAUCACCUCAUUGCGGUUCUAUUUACUUAGGAAGCAUGGAUACACUGUCUCUGCAGACGUGUUUGAGAAGUUUAGGGACAAGCAAGGGAACAUUUCAAGUGAUGAUGUCAGUUGCUUGCUAAUGCUAUAUGAUGCUGCAUAUAUGAGAACUCAUGGGGAGGAGAUACUUGACGACAUUAUCACUUUCAAUAAGAGCCGUCUCCAAUUUUUGAUGAUGACAAAUUUGGAGCCAGAUCUGGCAGAGGAAGUGCGAUGCACUUUGGAGACACCUCGGUUCAGGCGGGUUGAGAGAGUGGAGGCAAGGCGCUACAUCUCAGUAUACGAGAAGAAGGCUGUGCAACAUAAGACACUACUAGAUUUUGCAAAGCUGGACUACAACAUCUUGCAAGCUAUCUACUGUGAUGAGUUGAAAGAACUUACAAUAUGGUGGAAAGAUUUCCAAUCACGUACAGACCUCAGCUUCGCACGAGACAGCAUGGUGGAGAUGCAUUUUUGGAUUCUCGGAGCGCUUUAUGAACCCUACUACUCAUAUUCACGGACAAUGCUGACAAAAUUCACCCUAUUAGCGUCAUUGCUUGAUGACCUUUAUGACAACUACAGCACCACAGAGGAGAGUAAUGUCUUCACCACAGCCAUGGAAAGGUGGGAUGGACAGACCACAGAGAAGUUCCCAGCACACAUGAAGGCACUCCUCAUCAACAUACUUAACACUACAAAUAAGAUCGAGGAUGAGUUAAAACUUCAGAAAAACAGGCACGCUGAAUUGGUCAAGAAACUAGUAAGUUGCUUCAAAAGAUCACACUAA